AUGUUGGAGAAAGGUACAUUUAGCAAGAGAAAUUCCCUUAAUUAAGGCAAAAGAUAUAAUACCUUAUUUGAGUUAAAAAAUUAAAUUAGACGAUUUCAAAGACGAAAUCUGUGAAACUUUGGAGGAAUAUUAUGUAGAAAAAUAGUAAAAUAAAUUUGAAGGAUUCAUCAAAUAAAAUGAAAUUUAAAAAAACUAUUGCUGCAAAUUAGUAAUAAUAACAUUUUGUACCCUACAAAACUAAAAUGUGAAAAUUGCUUUAGAAAACUGUUCCAAGAGGGUUAUAUUGUUUUUGAGUGUUCACAUGGUUUUCUUAGGGAAUGCAUUUUUCAAUAUAUUAAAAGUAAUCAAACUGUAUUAGAUUAAAAGGCAUAUCGAAGUAUGCUCUAUUUAGAUAAUAAUUAAAUGAUAUUGAAAACCUGUAAAUACAAACAAACUAAAGUAAGCCUGAUAAAUCGAUUUUUGGAUUCUUUACUGCUUCGAAUUAAAUUACUUUAAACAAUUAAAGAAACGCUAGAAUUAAGUUAUGAAAGUAAUAUCAAUCAGAAUUUAAUGAUAUUUUAUAUAAGGGUUGUCGUGCGUGUGUGGCGAUUGUAUAUUUGAUUAAAUUCUAUUACCAUUAGAUAAUAAUGAGUUUACUGAGGAGACUUGGUUUAUUUGAGAAUUUUUUUAAAUUGAAUAUUUUAAUGAAAUUAUUUAUGGCUUUUUGUCAAGGGAAAUCCAUUCUUCUAAAGGAUAAAUAAAAGUUGACAAAAUACAUCGAUCUUUGUCUAAAGACACCUGUUAAUUAUAAGGGUAUUCAACAAUCUAUUGGGUAUCACCAAAUCAUGGUGGCACAAUUCAAUUCUAAGGAGUUUAAUAAAGGAUUAUUCCCUUAAUUUAUCAAUUUAAUCGGAAGAGAUUUUAAAGAAUUAGACCCAUACGAGUUUAACUAUUUUAUACAAGCUCUUAGUUGCUAUGUAGAAAGUGCUAUAAAUCAAAAUGUGUAUGAUAAAAAAAUCUUUGAAAGUGUAAUAGACUCUAUAAGUUUGAAUGCAACUUAUGAUUAAAAAUGCUUAUUUUUCAUAACUAUAUUUUGGUAUAUUGGGUUUUACAGGGUCAUACCUUUAAGCAGACAAUCAGUCGAUAAAUUCUAAGCUGAGUUGUUCGAAUAGGUACCCUAAACAGCGGAAGAACGUCUUUGGAGAGUGUUUUUAGAGUUGCAUCUAUUAUAAGGGAGGAGAAACUUAGAAGGGCAAAGUGAAGCAAUUUAAAUGGAAGAACGUAAAAUAAUGAAUAAGUUUAUUAAUCAAAUUGAAGAAAUUGAUAUUAAUUUACCAAAAUUAAAAAACAUUAUGAGUAGAUUCAUGUUGUUAAAAUAUUAUCCAGUUUUAAAGUACUUUUAUGUAAUAUUCGAAGUAUAUUAUUUAGGCAUAAUCUUAUGAUAAUAGGGUUCACAAAUUGUUAUUUUCUAUUUAUUAAAACUGCCACAAUUACAUUUAGAAAAAUCUAUCAUCUUUAAAUUCAUUUGGAUUUCAUAUAUAUAUUGAUUUAUUCUCAAAAACUAAGGACAUGUUUUAAUCUGCAAAGUGGGAUCUCCUAUUGAAUGAAAUAAACUCUAGAAAUUUGAACGAAAUGCCAACAUUUGAUAUAAUAGCUUUAACAUUUGUUAUAAUAAAAAAUGAAAAAAUGACACCUUAAUUAGGCAAUCGAAUCAUUUAGUAAAUUAUAUUUUAAAUUAGAUAUUUAUAUGAGAAUAUGGAUUCUAUAAAUUCUUACAAUUACGCCGAGGUGUUUCAGAUCCUUCAUGAAGUAGAUAGUAAUAUAAAAGAUUAAUUUGUGACUAAACUACAAUUAAAAGUAGUACCAAAAGAUUUGCCAUUAAACCAUAUAUCUUUGAUUCUUUUUGUGCUUAAAAGACUUCAUAGAAUAGAUCAAAAUAUAUUGGAGAAGUAUUUGGCAGGAAUCGGAACCAGAAUUAAGGAGAUAGACAAUUAAAUUGGUUUUGAAAUUUUAUCUGCUAUCAAUUCUGUGGGUCAGUAAAAUCCCCUGAUAUUUGCUUAGAUUCAAAAGCUUAAAUUAAAUGAAGAGAAGGAUUAAUCAUUACUAAUAGAGAUCUUAAAGUAUUUAUAACUGCAUGAUCCAUCAAAUGGGACAUCAACUAAAAUACAGGAGGGAAUUGUAAGACUUUUGGAUAAAGAAUUUAAUUUAAAAUUAAUUUGUUCGAUUCUUGAAAUUCUAAUGAAAAUUAAUCGAACCACUAAAAAAUCAAUCACAUUAAUUCCUGAACUUAAAAAAUAUAUAAAAAGAGGAAUAGAUGAAAUUAAAAGUUUGAAACUUUAUAACGACAAUGAUUACGAUGAGGUAAUCCUGAUUUUGAGAAUUUAGUAUCAUAUUGAUAUAUGA